AUGAACAUCUGGAACACCACCUCAGAUUUCAUUCUCCUAGGACUCUUUAAUCACACAGGAGCCCACCUAUUUCUCUUUGUGAUGGUUCUGAUGAUUGCCUUCACCUCUCUAGUAGGCAAUGCCCUCAUGAUUUUCAUGAUUCACCAGGAUGCCCGACUCCACACACCCAUGUACUUCCUACUGAGCCAACUCUCCCUCAUGGACAUGAUGCUGGUCUGCACCGUUGUGCCCAAAAUGGCAGCUGACUACUUGAUGGGCAAGAAGUCUAUCUCCCGUGCUGGCUGUGGGUUACAAAACUUGUUGCUCCUCACUUUGGCAGGGGGUGAGUGCUUCCUCUUAGCAUCCAUGUCCUAUGACCGCUAUGUAGCUGUUUGCCACCCACUGAGAUACCCCGUUCUCAUGAGCUGGCAACUAUGCCUGAGAAUGACGGGGGUUCUGCUGCGUUUGGCUUGUGCUGACACAGUUGUUUUUGAGUAUGUGAUGUACAUUUGCUGUGUAUUAAUGCUCCUGGUCCCAAUUUCUCUCAUUCUGAUUUCCUAUAGUCUCAUCCUUGCAGCAGUUCUCCAGAUGCAUUCUAGAGAAGCCCACAAGAAGGCUUUUGCCACCUGUUCCUCACAUCUCUGUGUGGUGGGACUCUUUUAUGGAGCUGCUAUUGUUAUCUACAUGAGACCCAAAUCGUAUAGGUCAGCUAACCAUGAUAAAGUAGUGUCAGCCAUUUAUACUAUCUUCACCCCAGUGUUGAACCCCAUUAUCUACAGUCUGAGGAAUAGUGAAGUCAAGGGAGCCCUGAGAAAGUGUAUGGGUCAAUGUGCUGCCUUAAAUAAUGACUAA